AUGCUGCUGUCCGCUUUGCUGAUGCUCUGCUGUGUAGGCCUGCAAGAGGCCACGAUGACAGGAGAAAGGAGCCUGACACCCCUGAUGUUCUCCACACCAGCCACCUACGUGCCACGGAGCACAACCGCGUGCUUCCUGGAAGACGUGCUGGCCGCCAUGCGAGAGGCUUUAGGGGUCGGUGGCCAAAUGAUGCCGGGUGCAUUUGGAACGUGCGCGGCAUCUGGGAAUCUGGUGGUCUUGAUGGACUUGGCAAAAGACGCAACGAAGAGGACAGGAGGUGGACUGGAGCUCCUCCAUUCCACUGAAGUGUCUUUGGUGGUUGAAGAGAAGGAUCAGGAAGCCCUGAUGCUCGACUUUGGCUUCCCACAAUCCCCUUUGCUCCAACGCAAGCCAUUACUGCUCUUGACCUUGGAACAUCCGGUCAACAGAGGUGACCUGGACCAGAUCACAUUCACCAGUCAGUCUCUGUAUCCCAAUACACAGGCGGUGUGCUUAUCAGAAGGAAUGCAAUAUAUUCUGCUGACAGGACAAGGAGCAACGGCAGACCUAAGAUGGAAGCUCUCAAUUGAAACAAAGUCCUUGAAUAUGAAGAAAAGAAUCAAAGAACUUCUUUCGGGUGGAAGUACACAAAGCAGCAGCGUGACUCCAGUUCUUCUUUUCCCUCGUGAAGACAUCAGGUAUUCUUUUGUGCCUCCCAGUACACUAUCUUCUCGAUCCAUCUCCUUCCUGUGCGAGCUGCGCCGCUUUCUGAGCGGUGUCCUUCCUCAGAACCGUCCGGACUCUCCUCCGCUGCGGCUGGACUCUCUGCAGGCGCCGCCCCCGGUCACGCUAGGCCCGUCCUCCAGUGAAUCCGUUCUGGCGGAACUUAUCAACUCGUCGGCCCCCACCGUAUUCUCCUUCACGGGCUCCACUUAUCACGUCCACCGGGGUGAGCUGGCCAUGCCCCCGGGCCUGAUCGACGAGCUCAGGCAGAGUUUGGAGCUCAACAUGGCGCAGGUCACAGAGGUCCUACGAGACAAGGGUGAUAGCCAGAGGAGCAUCACGAGGCUACAGAGGCUUUGGGAACUAUGCGCCUUUUCCAAGUUGAACCCUGUAUCAGGAGAAAGCCAGUACAGCGCGUUCCUUUUGUUGAAGGCCUUAAAGAUGGUUAGCCGUGAGGUUUUACCCAAACCGAGGGCCACCCGAGCACAGCCUGACCCCUCGACCCAGAAGGACGCGUGCCGCUUGAAGAGCCUCACUGUUUCCCUGCAGAGUUUCCUGGUAGGUCCCAACACGGCCAACAUCAACAACUGCCACGGCCUGUGCACCUUCCCGAUGGUCAACACCAAAGACCACGCCGUGCUGCUCAACUCUCAUAUUGAGAACGGCAACACGCAAGAGCGGGCGCCGUGUUGUGUUCCGGUUGCCUACGAGUCUCUGGAAGUGGUGGACUUAGACCAGCAUGGCACGCAUCUCUAUAAGCACCCAGAUAUGGUAGCGACGAAGUGUGAGUGUCGCUAA